GAAAUGUGGCUAUGCAGGCUCGAAUUUUCCAGAGCACAUUUUUCCAGCUUUGGUUGGAAGACCAAUUAUAAGAUCAACUGCUAAAGUAGGAAACAUUGAAAUCAAGAAUAACAAAAUGAUGGAUCUGAUGGUUGGUGAUGAAGCCAGUGAAUUACGAUCAAUGCUGGAAGUGAAUUAUCCGAUGGAGAAUGGCAUAGUUCGAAACUGGGAUGAUAUGAAGCACCUUUGGGAUUACACGUUUGGACCAGAAAAACUUAAUAUUGACACAAAAAAUUGUAAAAUACUACUCACAGAGCCUCCCAUGAAUCCAACCAAAAAUAGGGAGAAGAUUGUGGAGGUUAUGUUUGAGACAUACCAGUUUUCUGGGGUGUAUGUAGCCAUCCAGGCUGUUCUUACUCUCUAUGCUCAAGGUUUGUUGACUGGUGUUGUCGUGGACUCUGGAGAUGGUGUGACUCACAUUUGCCCAGUUUAUGAAGGUUUCUCCCUCCCUCACCUCACGAGACGGUUAGAUAUUGCUGGGAGGGACAUCACUAGGUACCUCAUUAAGCUCCUCUUGCUGCGAGGUUACGCUUUCAACCAUUCUGCUGAUUUUGAGACGGUUCGCAUGAUCAAGGAGAAGUUGUGUUACGUGGGAUACAACAUUGAACAGGAGCAGAAGCUGGCACUAGAGACCACAGUUCUAGUUGAAUCUUACACGCUCCCAGAUGGCAGGAUUAUCAAAGUUGGUGGAGAACGGUUUGAGGCACCAGAGGCUCUCUUCCAGCCGCACUUAAUCAAUGUUGAGGGGGUUGGCGUGGCUGAAUUGCUUUUCAACACCAUCCAGGCUGCUGACAUUGAUACCAGGUCUGAAUUCUACAAGCACAUUGUGCUGUCUGGAGGAUCCACCAUGUACCCUGGGCUGCCUUCACGGCUGGAGCGGGAACUGAAACAGCUCUACCUGGAACGAGUUCUGAAAGGAGAUGUGGAAAAACUCUCGAAAUUUAAGAUCCGGAUCGAAGAUCCCCCUCGUCGGAAGCACAUGGUGUUUCUGGGGGGUGCUGUUCUAGCAGACAUCAUGAAAGACAAAGAUAACUUCUGGAUGACCCGACAAGAAUACCAAGAAAAGGGAGUGCGUGUGCUGGAGAAGCUUGGUGUGACUGUUCGAUAAAUCCCAAAGCUUGUUCCCAU